AUGAUAGCACCCAAAUCUUCCGGCGGUCAUUCUUACAUCCUUGCAGCCACAGACUACUUUUCAAAAUGGGCAGAAGCUGUACCUCUAAAGGAAGUGAAGAAAGAAAAUGUAGUGAGCUUUAUCAAAGUAAACAUCAUUCAUCGGUAUGGUGUGCCACGUUACAUCAUCACAGAUAAUGGAAAGCCAUUCUCGAACCGGUUAAUGGAUAAAUUGUGUGAAGAUUUCAGUUUCAAGCAACGUAACUCUUCAAUGUACAAUGCUCCAGCCAACGAUCUUGCAGAAGUGUUUAACAGAACUCUUUACAACCUGCUGAAAAAAGUUGUCGGGAGAACCAAGAAAGAUUGGCACGAAAGGAUAGGCGAAGCAUUAUGGGCUUAUCGGACGACAUACCGGACGCCUACUCCGCCUACACCGUACUCGCUUGUAUAUGGCGUGGAAGCAGUCUUGUCUCUAGAAAGUCAAAUCCCGUCAUUAAGGAUGGCCGUACAAGAGGGAUUGACUAAUGAAGAGAAUGCAAAGUUGCAUGUCCAAGAAUUAGAAGCACUAGAUCAAAAGAGACUCGAAGCGCAACAACGCUUAGAGUGUCAUCAAGCUCGGCUUUCGAAUGCUUUUAAUAAGAAAGUCCGCCCUAGAUCUUUUCAGGUAGGAGAUCGUCCUCGCAUUACAUAG